GGCAACCCGAAAUAUCGCUGCAGGGGGCGGGGCCGUGUUCAUGUCUCGUAGUGAAAACGACGAGGAUUUAAAAAUAUAAAUAAAAUUAAAAAUGAAAUGAAAUGAAGUCGGGUAUGUGUUAAAACCAACGAUUUUUACAGUAUAGAGUAACACUCAGGUGCUACUUCGAGUUCCUCAUCGGCAUGGAAUCCAGUUAAAAAAAACACCAUGUCGUAGCAAGCACUCGCGCAGACAGGAAACCCAAUUGAAGGGGACGCAAGGAGGAGAGGGAUUUUACUGCUCAUAGAACGAUCACGUAACAGUGUAAUUGAGCUCUUAUCUGCUGAGCACAAGGCUCAACGUGUAAAGGCACGAUGGGAAACACGAGCAGCGAGAGGUCGGGAGUGGGGCAGGGCGAGAAAGCCAACCGCAGGGACAGCCGUGGGGCUAAAGAAGGGGACCGGCCCAAAAUCCUCAUGGACAGCCCUGAGGAUGCAGAUAUUUUCCAGGGGGAGGAUAUUAAGGCUCCAUUAGAGAAAGGGGAGUUUUUAGCCUGGAGGCAGGACCUUGAAUCCGGUGAUAAGGAGCUCUUGGCACGACCCACAGUGUUUCGCUGGACAGGUGCUGGAAAAGAGGUCUUUCUCUCUGGAUCCUUCGACAACUGGGCAAAUAAGAUUCCCCUGACCAGGAGUCAGAACAAUUUUGUUGCGAUUGUGGACCUGCCUGAAGGAGAACAUCAGUAUAAGUUCUACGUGGAUGGACAGUGGACCCACGACCCAUCUGAGCCUGUAGUGACCAAUCAGCUGGGUACGAUCAACAACAUCAUCCAGGUGAAGAAAACUGACUUUGAGGUGUUCGAUGCUCUCAUGGUGGACUCUCAGAAAUGUUCGGAUAUGUCAGACCUCUCAAGCUCUCCUCCUGGGCCAUACCAUCAAGAUGCUUACAUACCCAAACAGGAUGAGAAGUUCAAAUCUCCACCUAUCCUCCCUCCUCACCUGCUGCAGGUCAUCCUCAACAAGGACACGGGCAUCUCGUGUGACCCUGCAUUACUUCCUGAGCCCAAUCAUGUGAUGCUGAACCACCUCUACGCUCUGUCCAUCAAGGAUGGAGUGAUGGUUCUUAGUGCCACACAUCGCUAUAAGAAGAAGUACGUCACGACCCUGCUGUAUAAACCCAUCUGACACAAGCAGCAACUCGACCAAACUUGCCAUGUUUCGAUCCACUCCACUACUGAGACUGAGUGUUUAGUGUAGAUCUCUUCUCCUGUCUUUUUUUUUUUUUUUUAUUAAAUUAACGUGGAACGGGUUGCCAAGUGCUAACCAUUCGGAUGCUUCCAAGGGAAUACAUUCUAAAUUAAACCAUCCAGCUUGGUAUCAAAAGACCAAUAAUGUACAUGUUUAACAUGGGUGAGACUAAAAUGUAUGUAGAUUUAGAUAUUUCAUGUAAUAUCAUAAGGAAGGGUUAAACACUUGUGUGGGCCAUGUGAGGUCACGGAGUUACUGGUUACCAGCCCGAAGUUGUUUAUUUAUUCUCCAAUAAUGGCAUGUUUUGAAUGAAGUGUUUAAUUCCUAUUAUCAAAUAACAAUUUGCAAACGAUUACGACUUUUUAUUAUUCAAGAAUGACACCUCGUACUUUUUAUCCGUUUAUAGUUACUUUCAGUGUUGUGGCACGUGUUGGAGAAAACGUAAACUCUUCAAUCCUGAAAAAGGUCACAACGUUACUUCUGACUUGCAAAGCGCUGACACCGGAUACUCUUUUCAUAAAUGGUAGCUUCACAGAAAUCUUGACCAUAUAAACAAUUUUUAAUUAAUUUAUUUGGAGCAUUCAUUAUUCGAAUGAGUACAGGAUGUGGAUAUCAACUUGCGAUUUGCAGCUGCACCACUGUCAGAGCUGCUGUUAUAGAAAAUUCAUCAACACCUUCUGAUUAAUCCAUAAUUCAGCAGCACUGUGGUAUCAUUACCAGUUAUUCCAUGAAUUCAAGUUGUACAUGAGCGGAUGGCUGAUGAGGUGCGUAGCACUGAGUUGGCUAUAAGCCAUAUACGAUGAGAUUGAGUGGAAUAACUGUUUUAUUCUAUCCACAUUCACUGGAUUUUGAGAAACAGAGCAUUUUUGUUUUUUUGCAAAUUCGAUAAAUAACUUUUUUUAUAUGAAACGUCCAACAAAAUUUCCGCUUAGAAUGUAAGCAAAAUGACCGUAGCAAUUUGUGAAAAAUGCGAUGAUUAUUCAUGGGGGAGAGAGAGAGAGAGAGAGAUGUCCUGACCAUCAAAUACUUUCAUUCCUUUAUUUCUUGGGGUUUUGUUUUUGAGUAGAGUUAUUAUUUUGUCCUCCGUUGGUUCAGCAACACGCUCUGCCAUUUUUGUUUUUCUCUACUCACAGUAUAUGAGCUGAUAUCCUAGUACUGGAGUAGCCAAUCAGAGCGCACGAUUGUUCAUAUCCAGUGAAAUGUUGAUUGAAUCAUGUAAAAUAUCACUAUGGGAUAAAGUAGACCGAGUCAGUGCUCAGGGGAGCUUUUUUUUUUUUUUUGAGACUUUUUGCAAAAUGAGGGGGAAAAAGAAAGGGAAGAUAAAGAGUUUGAAAUGUGAGACUUGCUACCUUUUUUUUUUAAAUAAAGAUAUUUUCUGCAAGAGUAUAUGACUGAAAUCACUGAGUAAAGGUUGUGCGUGCCAAAAAAAUGGACCAACUUGUAGGUAAAUAAUUUAAUUUGUACAUUUAAUUUCAGCACUCGUAUUGUAAAAGCAUUUUGUGGUUUAUAUUGUUCGGAAUACACACAAUAUCUGUCCUUUCUCUUCCUGGUACAAGGCAUGAUUGAAUUUUUAUUUUUUUUAUACACUUAUCUUGAAAUAUCUGAUUAGUUACGUGCAGUAAAAUCUGAUUUAUUUUGUGUAUACGAAGAGAAUUGAAACCAGUUGCCAAUAAACCUUUAACAUCCUGA